AUGUCGGCACAGCCUUCAGACGUCGGCUCGGUCGCCAUACUCCCCCCCAAAGGAGCGGGCCAGACGCGCUCUUUUACUGUUUUCCAUGCCAUGCUGAGUGCUGGCCUUCAGUGGAAGCGGUUGGAAUUUGAAAGUAAAGAUGAAGGUAAUGUCGAAGGUAUGGAGCCAGUGGUAUUAUGCUGGGCCGAUGAGCGGCUGAAACUGCAUUCGGACCAGGCACUAGAUCGUGAACCACCACCACUAGACCGGGAACCACAACUAGACCGUGAACCACCACCACUAGACCGGGAACGAAAAUGGUUCGUGUUACGUGAGGUAUCGAGUCUGAUUGACUUGGUUAAGAACACAAGUGUGACUGGAAAUGAGGAGGAAGAUAAAAUAUUCCGUAAUAUUCGGGUUCUUAUCUUUAAUGCGCCUCAUAUCGCUUUGCGACAGUCGCAGAACUUGGCGGAAUGGAUAUUGUUCACAUCGGAUGUAGACCACCUCAAUCGAACCACAAAAAUUGCUGCAAUGACUGAUCUUGAGGUAAACAUGUGUCCUUCUAGAAUAAUACCGUUAGUCAGUUUGUGUGUAAUCAAAACUACGAGAGCCCUGGAACAGUCUUACUUGACUGAAUUCUUGCAUGGAAGUAGGCAGGCGGCGGGACAGACGGCGGCGGGACAGACGGCGGCGGAAUAUACGGCGGCGGAAUAUACGGCGGCGGAACAUACGGCGGCGGAACAUACGGCGGCGGGACAGAGGGGGGAAUGCGAGAUUGUUAGAGCGCUUCAAUAUUCAGAUGUCAUUCGUGCUAUGCAACCAGGACAGACUCUAAGCACUCUCAAAGGUUACGGUGAUAUAUACUUGCUCUUCGACAAGGCGGAACAACAGCCAAUUCCAGAAGGCAGAAACCUGUCGACCCCGCUUCUUUCGGGUCUUGCCAGUGGGCCCGUAGUCGUUCGGCCGUCUGAGGCCAAGUCGUUACUGCGCCUCCUUUCCUCCUCUAAGCUGGCUAAUGCACCCAAACAAGAUCUGGCUAACGCGGCCAAACAAUACGACGAGCGGGAAUGUGAUUACAAGCGUGGGGAUCAUCAGGGCACCCAGUAUUGUAAAAAAAUCGUAAUCCUGACGCACCCAAUCACACCAGUGCCAUCAAGCACGAGUUACUCGUCGACAGAGGCAAUAUAUGAUUCACCAUUCAAAAGUCUGGAUCAAGGAGUUCCUGAGAAAUGUUUCCCUAUCCAAUUGCGUGGAAGGAACACCUUCUUUUUGCUGUACCGAGGAACUUCAGCUCCUGCCUUCAUGAAGGCAACGUGGGCAUACCAUGACUUCUGGGACAAAAAAUGGUUAAACUAUCAUCACUACGUUAACAAGUAUCAUGAUGGCAUGCAACAGUACCUCUACCGCGCCGCUCAGUAUCAAGCUGAUGGGACAAAUAAUCGCGAGACUCAAGCAGCCGAGAAAAAGCCAGUGGUCGUAUUCAUUCAAGAUCUUCACCUGUUCUUCCCUGAACACACGCAGCAUAAGUACUUGGCCCACGGGAGGAACGUGUUUCUGGGGCUGUUGGAGUCCGGAUUAUUUCAACGUGUAGUGGCAUCAGUUCCCUGCGACUUUGAGGAUUUGAUGAUUCUGCGGUACGUAACGCAUACUAUGUAA